AUGGACGUCGUCGGUGACGUCCUGCUGAGCAGCCAUGCGCUGUACGCGCGCGCCGAGGAGAAGAGCAGCGGCCGGCCCACGUACUACAAGGUGGUGGGCAUCAUCCUGGCCAUAACCAGCGGCCUGUUCAUUGGCGUGUCGUUUGUGUUGAAGAAGAAGGGCCUGCUGCGGGCCAACGAAAAGUACAACGAAGCGGCGGGCGAGGGCUAUGGAUACUUGCGCAACUGGAUGUGGUGGACGGGCAUGACGCUCAUGAUCGUCGGCGAGAUCUGCAACUUUGUCGCUUACGCCUUUGUCGACGCCAUUCUGGUCACGCCCAUGGGCGCGCUUUCGGUCGUCGUGACGGCCAUUCUGUCCGCCAUCUUCCUCAAGGAGCGCCUGAGCUUCGUGGGCAAGAUUGGCUGCUUCAACUGUAUCGUCGGCUCAGUGGUUAUUGCCGUGAAUGCGCCCGAGCAGUCGUCCGUCGCGACCAUCCAGGACAUGAAGAAGCUGGUCAUUACCCCGGGCUUCCUCUCCUAUGCCGGCGUCAUUAUCCUCGCCUGUCUUUUCGUCGCGCUCUGGGUUGCGCCGCGCUGGGGCAAGAAGACGAUGAUGGUCUAUAUCAGCAUCUGCAGCAUGAUUGGCGGACUGAGCGUCGUCGCGACCCAGGGCCUGGGAGCCGCCAUUGUUGCCCAGAUCAGCGGUACUCCGCAGUUUAACCAGUGGUUUCUCUAUGUCCUGCUCGUUUUUGUCGUUUCAACCCUACUAACGGAGAUUAUCUAUCUCAACAAAGCCCUCAACCUUUUUAAUGCCGCCCUCGUCACGCCCACCUACUAUGUCUUCUUCACCUCCGCCACCAUUGUGACCUCGGCCAUCCUCUUCCAAGGCUUCGCAGGCGGCGCAACCACCAUCAUCACCGUCGUAAUGGGUUUCCUGCAGAUCUGCUCGGGCGUCGUGCUCCUGCAACUUUCCAAGUCCGCAAAAGACGUGCCCGACUCGGCCGUCUUCAGCGGCGACCUCGACCAGGUCCGCACCGUCGCCGAGCAAGAAGAGCCCGAGUACGAGCCGCGCGCCGACACGCUGCGCGGCGGCGCCUCACUGCUGCGCUCCUUCAGCGCGGCCCGCCAGCGCCGCGAGGCCGCCGAGGUCAAGACCUUGCAUUCCGAGUCGCUGGAGCCAAUCGGGGAGAACGAGUCCGUCGAGUGGGAUGGUCUACGCCGGAGACGGACAGUCCACGCGCCCGGCAACAGCGCCGGCUCCAUCCAGCGCCGCAAGACGCUGCAUCCGCCCUUGGGCAUGUCGCAUAUGCCUUCGGACAGCGACAGCGACGCCGACAGCGCCGACGACGUGCACCCCGGGUUCUUUAGCCGGCUAUCGCGGCGCCGCAAACGGAAUCACGGGCACAGCAGCCUGCCACAGCAUUCAAGCACGCACCCAGUACCGCUGGAGAGCAUGGGCAGCAGCGGCGCGACCAAAGCCAGCGGUCCGCCGAUUCUGCCACCAAUCUUCGCGCACGACUUUGCAACGGACCCGAACGGCCCGCCCUCGGAGCACGUCUACGGCCUGCCGUCGGGGCUGCGCCUGCCCAACCGCGCCUCCUCCCCCGGCGAAGACACGACGUACCGGCCACCGCACCUGCAGUGGGCGGACCGCGCGGGCGCAGACAGCUCCGCCCCACCCACGCCGCCGCCGCACGCCUCGGGCGGGGCCUCCCUCGCCUCGCCGCCCCAGAAGCGCCAGUUCAGCUUCCAGAACGUGUUCCGGCGGCCGGACAGCACAGACGGGGCAGGGUCGACGCACUCGUCGAUACGGCCGGGCACGGCGCGCAGCGCGCUGAGCUUCCACGGCGCGGGCGGCAGCGGCAAGAAGGGCGGCGCCGGCGGUGGCUCAGCAGCAGACAACACGGAGGAAGAGCGCAUGGGCCUCGUCAAGGGCGAUAGCUACCUCGGCCAGGAAGAGAGCGAGGAGCUGUAUGACGGGCCCCCGAGCCCCCCGACCUACGACUCCUUCGACGAGGACGACGACUGGGAACUCACGGGCCGGCCGGCAGUGCAGCCCGCGAGCGCGAUGGGCGGGCGCUCGUACCGCGAUAGCGGCGGCAGCGGGGGCGGAUAUGGCGUUGCGGGCGGGUAUGGCGGGUAUAGGGACAGCGUGGGCAGUGGAGUUGGAGUUGGGAGUGCGAGCGGUGCCGGUGGGGGCCAUAGUCGCGGCCAUAGCCAUAGCCGCAGCCUUACGGGUGGAGGACUGUUUGCUGCGCCUGGCGAUGUGAGGAUUCCGGGCGCGGCGCCGGGGGGCGGGUCCGCGCUUGCGUCGUCCGCUCAACAGGGGAGUUCGACGGGGGCGGGAGCAAGGGUCAGGCGCGCGAGUGACGACUCUGUGGACUCGUAUGAUGAGGCUGUUGGGGCGGGGAAGCUGUAG